GUUGAAGUAUAUAGCUCACGCGCGUCAUUCUAUACACGUGUAUGCUUACAUAGAUCAUCGAUUCUUGCUUUUGCCCUCUACCGAGACCUCGCCGCUCUUCGCGUUUGCCUCACCGCGCCCUUUUCCUUUCGCGCCGACGCCGCCUCGCUUGCUGCGCUCAACAGGUUAUGGGCCCCGGCCCCUUUUUGUCGGCGCCCGACCCGUAGCCGAGUCACGUCACCACCACGUUCCUUUUUUCCUCUCGCUCCCUACCUUCUCGACAUGGGUCUUGCCCCAUACCUCGUCACCACUAUCGACCACAUACAGGACCUCCAGCCAGACAACUUCAAGAAGCAUUACCCGCUUCUCAAGCAGUUCUUCCUCGCCGUCGGAGCCGGAUGGAUCACCCAGGACGAAGAACCGGAGCCGCUCUCAGCCGCCAACGAGAGAAUUGACAGUGAGGUCUCCUACCUCAUUCUGGCGAAAACACAUGAGGACUACCGCACGAAGCUCACCGAGCUUUCAACGGCCUCGUGCCCGCUGGAAGGCACUCAAGGACAACUUCAUCACCCGUACCCACUCCGACAGGCUCAUUGCCUUCCAACAACUCAUCACCAUUGA